CUUCACUACUCUUACCUCUCAACUUACACUCAAUUCUUUCUCAAGUGCAUACCAAAACAUAACCUUAUAUUCAACCCCAAACCCUAAGCUCCAAACCCCAUCUUUCCCUUUGUUUCCAUAUCCAACUACAACAAACAAUAAACCACCACUUCUUGAAAUUUCCCCAAACAAAUUAAUUAGGAAAAAAAUGAGGUCCAAAACCAAAUACCCCCUCAACCUCAAGCUCCUCCUCAUUGCCGUCUUCCUUGCUUUCUUCCUCCUCUUCGUGCUAAAAUCGAGCUACUACUCAUCUUCGAUGCAAAACUCAGCCCCUCCCACCUCCCAAAAUCAUUUGCCAAAUCCGACGAGAGAAGUGAAAGCAAAAUGUUCACCAACUUGCACCAAAAUCCCACACUCGCUAGCCAAAGCUAUAACACACUACACAACCUCAACCAUCACACCGCAACAAACGCUGAAAGAGAUAUCAGUGACACUAAAGGUGUUAGAGAAGAAGUCCCCCUGCAACUUCCUCGUCUUUGGCCUAGGCCAUGACAGCCUGAUGUGGCACUCACUCAACCAUGGCGGGCGGACAAUCUUCCUAGAAGAAGACCAAUCUUGGAUCGAGCAAAUCAAGCGCCAAUUCCCAAUGCUGGAGUCGUACCACGUCACGUAUGACAGCAAGGUGAGCCGGGCGGACGAGCUGAUGGAGGUAGGCAAGGGACCGGAGUGCGCGGCCAUUGGUGACCCUAGGUACUCCAUGUGCCAGCUUGCUCUGAAGGGGUUGCCAAGCGAUGUUUACGCGAUAAAAUGGGAUUUGAUCAUGGUGGAUGCUCCCACAGGGUACCACGAGGAGGCCCCCGGAAGGAUGACUGCUAUCUACACAGCCGGUAUGAUGGCGCGGAUUAGAGAGGAUGGAGAGACGGAUGUGUUUGUGCAUGAUGUGAACAGGGUGGUGGAGGAUAAGUUCUCCAUGGCAUUCUUGUGUGAUGGGUACAUGAAGACGCAAGAGGGUCGCUUGAGACACUUCACAAUUCCAAGCUACAAGGAUGGCUUGGACAGGCCCUUUUGCCCUUAGAAUGCAUUUCAUUAUUCCAAGUUUUAUUCAUAUGAAGUAUUCAUUUUUUUUAAUCCAUAAGUGUUUCAAGCACUGAUUUUCUUUGCCAUUGCAUCAUAUAUAGAGAGAGACAUCUAGAGAUGAAAGAAAUAAUGGUACAUAUAUAAUAAAAACUGAAUUUGGGUAUGGCUAUGUUUAACUUUUUUGCUGUGAUUAAUUGCUAUAUAUCUUUGAUUUUGUCCGAUUAAA